AUGUCGUUCAAUCCCAAUGAUGGCUUCGUGGCCACCGCACCGACCGGAGAUGCCUCUGGCAUCGACGAGCUACCCAUCUUCAAUGUGGAACGCGCUCAAAUGGCAUUUUCUGUGACGGCGGAGUUCGUGGCGGCGCAGGUAGCGAACAACAUUAUGAUCUUGGCCUUAUCCAACGGCCGGAUUCUGCGAAUCGACCUGAAGCGGCCGGAGGACAUUGAUGAUAUUGAUCUACCGAAAAGAGCAUCCGAAAUUGGCGUUAUUCGGCGCAUGUUCCUUGACCCAACUGCCUCUCAUUUACUGAUUUGCACUGCGCUGGGCGAAAAUUACUACCUUCACACGCAAUCAAGGCAACCUCGGCCCUUGGGCCAGCUGCGCGGCGUUGCAAUCGAGAGUGUAGCGUGGAACCCAUCUCUCCCAACUGCGUCAACACGCGAGAUUAUCCUUGGUGCCUCCGACGGCAACAUUUACGAAGCAUUCAUCGAAACCGCCAACGAGUUUUACAAAAGAGAGGUCAAGCAUCUCAAAAACCUGCACAAGCUUCCCGAUGGUCCUAUUACGGGCUUGUGGGUCGACGAUUUGAAGGGCAGUCCGGAUACUCGAAGAAUCAUGAUUGGCACACAGAGCAGAUUGUUCCAUUUGGUGGGCAAGAUUGGGCGGAGUCAUGACGGCAGCGGCUCGGUAUAUACGAAGUUAUUUGAAUCGGAACAGCCUGUGAUUCAUGAAAUCCCGCGAAGCUCAUCCGGCGGCCAUUCGACAGUCGUGGUCUCUCCAGAUUCUCCUGAGGGGGGUCGUGCAGAUAAUACUCCAGACAGAGCGUAUGCGUGGUUGUCAUCGCAAGGAGUGUUUCAUGGCAAGCUUCUGAAUAGCCCCAAAGACAGCAGCCUUGGAUCCAAGGUCUUUGCAGAAUCAAAGACGCUAUCUAAGGCACAAAUUAUUGCUUCGGAGUCCACGGGUCGGCAUAAACCGACUGCAGAGACUGUCGAUUCCUUACUUCUCACCGAGUGGCACAUGCUCAGCCUGGUUGGCAAUCGUGUUAUUGCCACCAACCGCCUCACGGGCAAUACGGUGUCUGAACAUGACGUCCUUGCAACUGGUCAGAAGGCUAUUGCCUUCACCAUGGACAUGCAAGAACGAACGUUUUGGCUCAUCACGUCUGACGAGAUAUACGAGAUUGUUGCCCGAGACGAAGAAAGAAAUAUUUGGCAAAUAAUGAUGAAGAACAAGCAGUUUGAUUCGGCAUUGCAAUAUUCUCGUACACAGACGCAAAAGGAGACCGUUGCAGCGGGCUAUGGGGACUACCUUGCGAAGAAGGGACAUUGGACCGAGGCAGCUGUGCUGUAUGGCCGUAGCAACAAACCAUUCGAAGAUGUUGCGCUCAGCAUUAUUGACAAUAAUCAGGCGGAUGCCUUGAGACAGUUUCUAUUGACGAAGCUUGCCAACACAAAGAAGUCUGCCACUCUACAAAGAACGAUUGUUGCUAGUUGGUUAGUGGAGGUAUUCAUGGCAAAGCUCAACUCUCUCGACGACACAAUCAUCACGCAGGCCGAGCUUUCAGAGACUAUGAACCCCGCUGAGUCGAAGAUGAUUCUGGAGUCUGUUAAAAAGGAGUUCCACGAUUUUGUCAACAAAUAUAAAGGCGACUUGGAUCGGAAAACGGCAUACGACAUCAUUAGCAGCCACGGAAGAGAAAGAGAGCUUCUAUACUUUGCUAAUGUGGUCGACGACUACAACUACGUUUUGUCGUACUGGGUACAGAGAGAGCGUUGGGAAGAGGUCUUGAACGUUCUCAAGAGGCAGACGGACGUUGAUGUCUUUUACCGAUACAGUACAGUUCUCAUGACUCAUGUUCCGCAGGAAACGGUCGAGAUCCUGAUGAGGCAAUCCGAACUAAAGCCUCGUAGCCUCAUCCCAGCAUUGCUUGAGUACAAUCGCAGCUUCUCUGGACAUGCAAACUCUCAGAAUCAGGCAGUCCGAUACUUGAAUUACGUCAUUUUCCAACUAAACUCUACUGACGCCGCUAUCCACAACACGCUCGUUUCAAUAUAUGCCUCGCACCCUUCAAAGGACGAGUCAGGACUGCUUUCUUAUUUGCAGGCUCAGGGCGAUGAGCCACGGUAUGAUCCUGAUUUCGCGCUGCGACUGUGCAUCCAGCAUCACCGCACUCUUUCCUGCGUGCACAUCUAUACGAGUAUGGGCCAAUACCUGCAAGCAGUUGAUUUGGCACUGUCACACAAUGAGGUUGAACUAGCCGCAGUCAUUGCCGACCGGCCCAUGUCAAACCCCCAGCUUCGAAAGAGACUCUGGUUGGCAGUGGCUCGCAAAGUCAUUGCCAAAUCAGACGGAAUCAAAGCAGCCAUUGAGUUCCUCAAGAGAUGCGACCUUCUCAAGAUUGAAGACCUAAUACCAUUCUUCCCUGACUUUGUGGUGAUUGACGAUUUCAAAGAGGAGAUUUGCCAGGCAUUGGAAGACUAUUCUCGGAAUAUUGACAGUCUGAAGAAAGAGAUGGAUGAGUCGUCACAGACGGCAAGUAAUAUCAAAAUGGACAUUGCGGCACUAGAUCAUCGAUAUGCCAUCGUCGAGCCUGGGGAGAAGUGCUACGUCUGCGGACUGCCCUUGCUUAGCAGGCAAUUCUUUGUGUUUCCCUGUCAGCACUCAUUCCAUUCGGAUUGCAUGGGGAGAAAGGUGCUCGAGUACUCCGGGUUCGGGCACUCAAAGAAGAUACGGCAGUUGCAGAUGCAGAUUCACAAGGGGCUGGUAAAUGGGGCCAAGAGGGAGGCGGUGGUUGCUGAACUCGAUGCUUUGGUGGCUUCAGCAUGUAUUCUAUGCAGCGACUUUGCCAUCAAGAGAAUAGAUGAGCCAUUUAUAUCUGCCGACGACAAUCCUAAUGAAUGGGCUGUGUAG